GGUUCUGGUUCUGGUCUUGGAUCUGGUUCUGGUUCUGGUCUUGGUUCUGGUUCUGAUCUUGGUUCUGGUUCUGGUCUUGGUCUUGGUCUUGGUUCUGGUCUUGAUCUUGGUUCUGGUUCAUGUUCUGGUCUUGGUUCUGGUUCUGGUUCUGGUUCUGGUCAUGGUUCUGGUUCUGGUUCUGGUCUUGGUUCUGGUCUUGGUUCUGGUUCUGGUCUUGGUUCUGGGUCUGGUCUUGGUUCUGGUUCUGGUGUUGGUCUUGGUCUUUGUCUUGGUUCUGGUCUUGGUUCUGGUUCUGAUCUUGGUUUUGGUUCUGGUUCUGGUUCUGGUCUUGGUCUUGGUUCUGGUUCUGGUUCUGGUCUUGGAUCUGGUUCUGGUUCUGGUCCUGGUCUUGGAUCUGUUUCUGAUCUUGGUUUUGGUUCUGGUUCUGGUCUUGGUCUUGGUUCUGGUUCUGGUUCUGGUCUUGGAUCUGGUUCUGGUUCUGGUCCUGGUCUUGGUCUUGGUUCUGGUCUUGGUCUUGGUUCUGGUUCUGGUCUUGGUCUUGGUUCUGGUUCUGGUCUUGGUUCUGGUUCUGGUCUUGGUUCUGGUUCUGGUCUUGGUCUUGGUUCUGGUUCUGGUUCUGGUCUUGGUUCUGGUUCUGGUCUUGGUUAUGGUUCUGGUAUUGGUCUUGGUUCUGGUUCUGGUCUUGGUCUUGGUUCUGGUUCUGGUCUUGGUUCUGGUCUUGGUUCUGGUUCUGGUCUUGGUUCUGGUUCUGGUCUUGGUCUUGGUUCUGGUCUUUGUUCUGGUUCUGGUCUUGGUUCUGGUUCUGGUCUUGGUCUUGGUUCUGGUUCUGGUUCUGGUCUUGGUUCUGGUUCUGGUCUUGAUCUUGGUCUUGGUUCUGGUUCUGGUCUUGGUCUUGGUUCUGGUCUUGGUUCUGGUUCUGGUCUUGGUUCUGGUUCUGGUCUUGGUUCUGGUUCUGGUCUUGGUUGUGGUUAUGGUCUUGGUCUUGGUUCUGGUUCUGGUCUUGGUUCUGGUUCUGGUCUUGGUUCUGGUUCUGGUUCUGGUCUUGGUUCUGGUUUUGGUUCUGGUUCUGGUCUUGGUUCUGGUCUUGGUUCUGGUUCUGGUCUUGGUUCUGGUCUUGGUCUUGGUUCUGGUUCUGAUCUUGGUUCUGGUCUUGGUUCUGGUCUUGGUUCUGGUCUUGGUUCUGGUUCUGGUGCUGGUCUUGGAUCUGGUUCUGUUGGUUCUGGUUCUGGUCUUGGAUCUGGUUCUGGUUCUGGUCUUGGUUCUGGUUCUGAUCUUGGUUCUGGUUGUGGUCUUGGUCUUGGUCUUGGUUCUGGUCUUGAUCUUGGUUCUGGUUCAUGUUCUGGUCUUGGUUCUGGUUCUGGUUCUGGUUCUGGUCAUGGUUCUGGUUCUGGUUCUGGUCUUGGUUCUGGUCUUGGUUCUGGUUCUGGUCUUGGUUCUGGGUCUGGUCUUGGUUCUGGUUCUGGUGUUGGUCUUGGUCUUUGUCUUGGUUCUGGUCUUGGUUCUGGUUCUGAUCUUGGUUUUGGUUCUGGUUCUGGUUCUGGUCUUGGUCUUGGUUCUGGUUCUGGUUCUGGUCUUGGAUCUGGUUCUGGUUCUGGUCCUGGUCUUGGAUCUGUUUCUGAUCUUGGUUUUGGUUCUGGUUCUGGUCUUGGUCUUGGUUCUGGUUCUGGUUCUGGUCUUGGAUCUGGUUCUGGUUCUGGUCCUGGUCUUGGUCUUGGUUCUGGUCUUGGUCUUGGUUCUGGUUCUGGUCUUGGUCUUGGUUCUGGUUCUGGUCUUGGUUCUGGUUCUGGUCUUGGUUCUGGUUCUGGUCUUGGUCUUGGUCUUGGUUCUGGUUCUGGUUCUGGCCUUGGUUCUGGUUCUGGUCUUGGUUAUGGUUCUGGUAUUGGUCUUGGUUCUGGUUCUGGUCUUGGUCUUGGUUCUGGUUCUGGUCUUGGUUCUGGUCUUGGUUCUGGUUCUGGUCUUGGUUCUGGUUCUGGUCUUGGUCUUGGUUCUGGUCUUUGUUCUGGUUCUGGUCUUGGUUCUGGUUCUGGUCUUGGUCUUGGUUCUGGUUCUGGUCUUGGUUCUGGUUCUGGUCUUGGUUCUGGUUCUGGUCUUGGUUCUGGUUCUGGUCUUGGUCUUGGUUCUGGUUCUGGUCUUGGUCUUGGUUCUGGUCUUGGUCUUGGUUCUGGUUCUGGUUCUGGUUCUGGUCUUGGUUCUGGUUCUGUUCUUGGUUCUGGUUCUGGUUCUGGUCUUGGUUCUGGUUCUGGUCUUGGUCUUGGUUCUGGUUCUGGUCUUGGUUUUGGUUCUGGUUCUGGUCUUGGUCUUGGUUCUGGUUCUGGUUCUGGUCUUGGUUCUGGUUCUGGUUAUGGUCCUGGUCUUGGUCUUGGUUCUGGUCUUGGUCUUGGUUCUGGUUCUGGUCUUGGUCUUGGUUCUGGUUCUGGUCUUGGU